AUGGCCGACCAACGCUUGGAUCGAUUAGAGACGGAGAUGGAGACCCUGGCAGCCGCACAAGAUCGAAAGUUCCAAGAGUUAAUGGAGUCGAUGCAACAGAUGUUCGCAGCAGUCAACACAAAGCUGGACAAUGUUGCUGCGAGCCGUGAAGUUGGUGAGAGCUCUCACUACAACCAUCCACGUGAAGGUGGUAGGACCCACAACGGAGUGCCCAACAGUUCCGGGGGGGCUGGUGCACUGCUUCCCAAGGUAGUAAAGCUUGAUUUUCCCAAAUACAAUGGUGAAGAAGACCCUACCAGCUGGGUUUGCCGUGCUGAUCAGUUUUUUGAAUACCAUCGAACGUCGGUGGAGGAACGUGUUCCGUUAGCAUCAUGGAACCUCGAAGGUGAUGCUCAAUUAUGGUACCAACUCCUUAAGGAUGAAAACGAUAAUGCCCCUAUUACUUGGCAGGAAUUUAAGAAGGAAAUCUUCGUAAGGUAUGGCCCAUCCCAUUACCAAGAUUUUUUUGAUGAACUAACGAAAUUAAGGCAAACUGGGACGGUGAGAGAAUACCAAAACCAGUUUUCCAAAUUGUUGUUACGAGCAGGGAAAUUGUCAUCAGAUCAGCAGGUGGGGUGUUUUACUAGUGGGUUGAAAGAAAAUCUUAAAGUUGAUGUUCAAGCGUGCCAGCCAACCACCUUGUCUGCAGCCAUUGGUCUCGCAAGGUUGUAUGAAUCUCGCAACCAAGCAAGCCGAACUAUGUUGUCAGCACCACUUAAGAAGCCUGUCAACAGCCCAUCAAACCCGAGUACAGGUUUGCCGAUCAAAAGACUCACUCCUGCUGAACUCAGUGAACGCCGAGCCAAAGGAUUAUGCUUCAAUUGCAACGAAAAGUUUGGGCCCGGCCACCGUUGCAAGAAGCUAUUUCUUAUUGAAGGAAGCUGGUCAGAUGAUGAAGAGGACCUAUCCGAAUCCGACAUAAUUCCAAAUGAUGCCGAGCUACCAGAAAUUUCCAUUCAUGCUAUAUCUGGUGCCAAGAAUACACAAACCAUGCGAGUGCAAGGAAAGUUGGGGCAUCAUCGGGUAAUAUUCUUAAUCGAUUCUGGUAGUACUCACAAUUUUAUGAAUGAUAGAAUUGCUAAAAAAGUAGGACUAGUACCAAGUCAUGAAGGAAAUUUUGAAGUGGCUGUUGCCAAUGGAGAAAAGUUGCCAAGUCCGGGCAGGUGUAAGGGGGUCACUAUGUCACUCCAGGGAAUCCCUGUUACAGUAGACUUUUAUCUACUACCCUUACAAGGAUGUGACGCAGUGUUAGGGGCCCAAUGGUUGAGCUCUUUGGGCCCAAUCAUAUGGGAUUUUUCAAAGUUACAAAUGACCUUUCAUGUGAAUGGAAAAAAGGCUUUUUUGAAUGGGCUACAAACUCCAAUGGAUAGGGUCAUGGAUGGGUUGGAGAUGAGCAAGGAAAUUAAAAAGAAAAAAGAGGGGAUGUUGUUACAAAUAUAUUCAUUAUCUAUGCAACAACCACUAAGUGUCCCACUCCUUGCCAACUUUUCAAAUGCUUCUAAUAUAAACCUUGAGCCCCUGUUGCAGAAAUAUGAUGACUUAUUCCAUGAACCAAUGAAGCUCCCACCUAUGAGAUUUCAAGACCACCAAAUUCCAUUGAAGGAUGGAAGUCAGCCAGUGUCAGUAUGA